GGUGAGGACGAGAGAGAGGCUCCACCUCUCGCUUCCCUCCCUUCCUCCCAGUCUCGCGCGGGCGGCCGCCUCCUCCUUGCUCCUCGCCGCUUGCUCGCGCGCGCUCCUCCUCCGCCGCCGCCGCCGCCUCCCCUGCCUCUGAGCAGAGUGGGCGCUCACAAGCUCGGGAAUGGCCGACGUGCGGCCCGACCAGGCUGCAUCGGAGGAAGUGGAAUCUAUCCACUUCAGCUUCUAUAAUGAUGAUGAAAUUAAGAGGAUAAGUGUUAAACAGAUAACAAAGCCAGACCGUCUUGAUGCCAAGAACUGUCCUGUGCCAGGUGGGUUACUUGACCCAGCAAUGGGGCCCACGAGCGAUACCGACACCUGCAAGAGUUGUGGUCAGCAUUCUGUUCGCUGCCCUGGCCAUUUCGGCCAUAUUGAGUUGGCAAAGCCACUAUUUAAUCCGUUGCUUUUUUUGAGUCUUAAAAACCUUCUCCAUAUGACAUGCUUCCAUUGCCACAAGUUCCGCUUGAACAGAGAACAGGUAGACAGAUACACGGAUGAGCUUGAACUGUUAGUAAAAGGUGAUAUUGCCCAUGCUAAAAAUUUGGAAGACUCAGGUGGCAAAGUACUUUUGGAGGAAGAUGAUAAAACUGAGGCCACUUCAGGUGAUAAAUCAACUUGUUCUGAGAGCGAGAAUAAAACCUGGACAUCAAUCCAACUGAAGGAGGUUCUUUCAAUUUUUGCGAACUUUAUGAAGAAAAGACAGAAGAAAUGCACACACUGUAACAAAAAGAAUCCAAAGAUCUCACAUCCUAUAUAUGGUUGGUUGAUCAAGGAUGCAGAUAUUUCCGCUGUAAGAGCAAAUGCGAUUGCUGAUGCUAAACUGAGUGGAGAUGUUCGUUUUCAUGACUCAAGGGAAACUGGUGUUUCUGGUCUUGAUGAAGAACUAACUUCACCUGGAACUUCGUCCAGAGGAUCAACCAAUGAAACAAGACGCAUUUCUGAUGACACAAUCAAAGAAAUGGUGGCAUCAUCAGGAAAGAAACAUCUCUUAGCUACAGAGGUUGAAUCUAUUCUGAAAGAUUUGUGGAAAAACGAAGCAAGGUUCUGCAUGUUACUUUGUGAUUUCCAACAGAAUACACUGAAUGUAUCAGAAAAGAAAAGGGGCUAUGAGAUGUUUUUCUUGAAGAAUCUGCUUGUGGCACCGAACAGAUUCCGCCCUUCAAUUCACUCUAGUCUUGGAAUCAUGGAACAUCCUCAAAAUAUUCUGCUCAGUAAAGUGCAAGAGGCCAAUCUUGCGCUUCAGCAGAGCAAUGCUGCUUCUAAUCAUAUGGAAGUUCUUCGAAGAUGGAUGGAUAUGCAAAGAAGUGUAAAUGUGCUGUAUGACAGUAGUAAAGGCCUUGCAAAAAACGAGAAGAAUGCAAAUGGUAUAAGGCAGUUGUUGGAAAAGAAAGAAGGGAUUCUUCGACAGAAGAUGAUGGGGAAAAGAGUUAAUUAUGCAUGCCGGUCCGUUAUAUCUCCAGAUCCAUAUUUGGCUGUAAAUGAAAUUGGGAUUCCUCCCGUUUUUGCCACACGGUUGACAUAUCCUGAGAAAGUGACACCCUGGAAUGCCAGAAAGCUACAAGAAGCUAUAAACAAUGGUGCUGACAUUCAUCCAGGUGCAACCCAUUACAGGGAUAACAAUAACAUGUAUAAGCUACAAGCUGCCCCUGCCAAACGCCGUGCCAUUGCUAAGAUGCUACCUGCUUCUAGAGGAUCAAUUUCUCAGGCAGGGAAAGAUCCUAAGUGUGAAUUUGAGAGCAAAGUGGUAUAUCGACACCUUCAAGAUGGUGAUGUUGUACUAGUCAACAGGCAGCCUACUCUUCACAAGCCCAGCAUGAUGGCGCAUUUUGUUCGUGUGCUGCCUGGAGAGAAGACAAUUCGAAUGCACUAUGCCAAUUGCAGCACAUACAAUGCUGAUUUUGAUGGAGAUGAAAUGAAUGUGCACUUCCCACAAGAUGAAAUAUCUCGUGCUGAGGCCAUCAACAUUGUUGAUGCAAAUAAGCAGUACAUUGGUCCAAGGAGUGGGGAUGCUGUCAGAGGCCUCAUUCAGGAUCAUAUUGUCGGUGCUGUACUCCUGACAAAGCUGGACACCUUUCUUAGCCGCGAGGAGUAUAAUCAACUUGUAUAUGGGUCUUGCGUGUUCUCUUCAACUCGUAGAUCUGCAAAGUUUGGUAAAAAAAUAUCUAUUAUUAUGGAUGAUGAUGCACUCGAACCUGUACCUCCUGCUAUUUGGAAGCCAAAGCCUCUAUGGACAGGAAAACAGGUUAUAACAACCAUCUUGAACCAUGUGACAAAAGGCCACCCUCCAUUUACUGUGAUGCAAACGGGGAAAAUUUCAAAAGAAUAUCUACUCCCUAAAAAGUGUGAUGCUGUUCAGUUCAAUAAAAGAAAGUGUGAUGAUGCUAAAGAUAAAACUAGAGAUCCUAAAGAGCAUAAAAAGUGUGAUGGUAUUCAUGUGAAAAAAAGAAAGUGCGAUGGUUCUAAAGAUAAAACUAAAGAUCCUAAAGAGCGUGGCAAUGAAGAUAAAACUAGAGAUCGUUCUGAGCUAGUUUUGUAUGUUCAUGACAAUGAGCUCAUAAAAGGCAUGAUAGAUAAGGCCCAGUUUGGGAAGGAUGGGAUUGUUCAUACAGUUCAUGAAUUAUAUGGUCCAGAUGCAGCUGGCGUACUACUGUCAUCAUUCAGCCGCUUGUUUACAAUGGUCUUGCAGUUCCAUGGAUUUACAUGUGGAGUAGAUGAUCUGUUGCUAUGCCAAGCGUCAGAUGAGCUGAGAAAGGAAAUUCUUGGGACAAGUGAAGAAUGCAGUAAAAUAGUGCAUAAAGAGUUUAUAUGCCCCCAAAACAAAAAGGGUGAUGAAGCUGAAGAUACACGACCCAAAGAAGAUGGUAAAGCUGAAGAUAUGUGUCUCAAAGAGGAUAAUGAAGCUGAAGAUACACGUUCCAAAGAGGGUGUUGAAGAUCAAGUGAAGUUGCAAAUGGAAGUCGAACGAGUUAUACGAAGGAACAGAGAAAGUGCAACGGUUAUGUUGGAUAGAAAAAUGUCCAAUACUCUGAAUGUUAUAACAUCUAAAGUCAAUCAAGAAUUGUUUCCUUAUGGUCUACAGAAGCCUUUUCCUGGAAAUUGUCUCUCUCUUAUGACUCAGACUGGAGCAAAAGGUGGUUUGGUCAACAUGACACAAAUUUCGUCAUUGCUAGGACAGCAAGAGUUAGAAGGAAAGCGUGUUCCACGAAUGAUUUCUGGGAAGACGUUACCUUGCUUUCCAUCAUGGGAUACUUCUGCAAGAGCUGGUGGUUUCAUCAGUGAUCGAUUUUUAACUGGUCUCCGUCCUCAAGAGUACUAUUUUCACUGUAUGGCUGGCAGGGAGGGGUUGGUUGACACAGCAGUCAAAACUUCUCGUAGCGGAUACCUUCAGCGUUGUCUUAUCAAAAGUCUCGAAUCAUUAAAAGUCUCAUAUGAUCACACUGUACGUGAUGUUGAUGGAUCAAUCAUACAGUUUUGCUAUGGAGAAGAUGGAGUUGAUGUGCUCAAAACUAGCUUCCUAGACAAAUUCAAAGAGCUUGCUGAUAAUAGAAAAGCUGUCCUUCAUAAGCUUGAUGGCCUUAAUGACAAGCACCUGUUAUCAAAUCCAAAUGGAUACAUUUCUAAAUUGCCUGUCAAGCUGAUUGGCAGUGCAAUGAAGUUUCUAAAGGAAACAGAAAAAAAGAAACUCUGCCGUUAUGACAUUGAGGAGGAGGAGCUAAUGAAGUUACUGAAAGCCAAAUACCUAUCUAGUCUUGUAGAUCCUGGGGAAGCUGUUGGUGUGGUUGCUGCUCAGUCCAUAGGAGAACCAUCAACCCAGAUGACACUCAACACUUUUCAUCUUGCUGGACGAGGUGAGAUGAAUGUUACACUUGGUAUUCCUCGUUUGAAAGAACUUCUAAUGACUGCGUCAGCUAAAAUUAGUACACCUUUUAUGAAGUGCCCUAUGCUUGAAGAUAAGACCAGGGAUGAUGAUGAACAAAUUGAUGCUGAAUUAAAGAAGGUUCGUGAUGCUGAACGAAGGGCUGCUAAAAGGGAGAAGAUUCGUGAUGCUCAAAGAAUGGCUGUUAAAUUAAGGAGGAUUCGUGUAGCUGAUGUUGUGGAGAGAAUUGAAGUAUGCACAGUUCCUUUUCACAACAAUAAUGGUUGUGUUUCAACCCUUUAUAAGUUACAGAUGAAACUCUACCCACGAGAGCUAUAUCCACCUGAGUCAGAACUUACUGUAGACGAGUGCCAAGAAACUUUGAGAACUGUUUUUAUUGAUGCAAUGGAUCUUGCAAUCAGCAAGCAUUUAGAUUUGCUACAUAAAAUUAAUGCUAUCCAAGCAGUUAAAGUAAACGAUACAGAGAGCCAACCGUCUGAUGGAGUCGAAGAGUCUGAAAAUGGACCUACUGAUGAUGGCAAUGGCCUGAGCGAUGGUGAAAAUGAGGAUGAUUUGGGUGCAGAUGCACAAAAAUGGAAACAGCAAGAGAUAGAUGAGAUGGAAUAUGACGAUGAUGCUGAAAAGGAAGAGAGUUCUGAUAUGGAUAGUGAAUCUGAAGAUGAUACCAAAUUUAAGCCUGAGAGUGAAGAUGAUCGACCAAAAUUGGGUGAAGAGUUAGAAGAGACUGAGGAAGGACAUGUGCUAGAUUCUAGCUACAAGGGGAAAAAUUCAAAAGCUACACAAGCAACAGCCAGACUUCAAGAUGAAAGAAAUAAAGUCGCGGAUGAAAAAGCACAAGUGACCAUAAAAUUCAAGAAAAAUAUAAAAUGGACUAUUCAUUAUGAAUCAACAGGUUUGAAUUUUGAGGUUCACUAUGCUUUGCAAGAGCAACCGCAUAUUCUGUUAGCCCAGAUUGCUCAGAGAACAGCUAGAUCCGUUUUUAUCAAGGCCUGUAGUAAUAUUGAUCAAUGUACAGUGAAUAAAAUAGAUGUGGAUUCAGACAAGAUAGAUGAAGCCAUUGUUCUACAAACAGUAGGGGUGAACUUUGGGGUAUUUUGGAAUUUAGUGGACUAUCUCGAUAUCAAUGAGGUCAGAUCCAAUGAUAUAUAUGCUGUGCUGAAGACAUAUGGGGUAGAGGCUGCAAGGGCAACCAUCAUUGAGGAAGUGAGCGGUGUAUUCGGUGCUUAUGGUAUAGAUGUUAACAAGAGGCAUCUGAGUUUGAUUGCGGAUUUCAUGACCUUCGACGGCGGUUACCGACCGAUGAGCAGGAAUGGGAUGGGCCAGUUCAGCACCUCGCCAUUUGGCAAGAUGACUUUUGAAACGGCAACCAAAUUUAUCGUGGAAGCAGCUUCUCAUGGAGAGUCUGACACACUCGACAGCCCUUCGGCAAGCAUCUGUCUUGGGAAACCGGUUAAGAUGGGAACUGGUACCUUCGGCUUGCUGCAGAAUUUUUGCCUAGAGCAACCUGCUGCAAUGUAGUCCUGCAUGUAGCAGCUGGAAUUAGUUAAAUAUAGGGCACUUUUCUUUACCAAGUGCUGCAAGUUUUGUCAUUUUGUGUUGUAGAAAACGAAAUGAACCCUUAUAUACUGGUUGAAUCAUUUUGAUGUUCGGUCACAAAUCAAUGAGAAGAAUUUGAUGUAACAUGCAGGACUUGUUUCUCCUGCUGCUAAUUCAAAAUAGGAAGAAUGCAAUAAUUUAGAGCCCUUGCUCAACUAGUAGGUCUCUGAAUUUGUGUUAUCAAAAUUCUCUUUGAAAUGCCAGUAGUGUAAUCUUGCUCUUGAAUACUUCCUCUUAUAUUGCUAAAUUAUUGUAUAUGGUAGACAAAUCUUUGCAAGUU